GUGUGUUCCCAAUCCACCAUGGUGAUUUUCAAUAACACUACAUCAUCUUCCCCAAACUUCCUACUCACUGCAUUUCCUGGGCUGGAACUUGCACACAUCUGGAUCUCUAUUCCUGUCUGCUGUCUCUGUGCCAUUGCCCUCUUGGGAAACAGCAUGAUUCUGUUUGUCAUCAUUGUUGAGAGGAGUCUUCACAAGCCCAUGUACUAUUUCCUCUCCAUGCUGUCAGCUGUUGAUCUGUGUCUGACCAUCUCAACCCUUCCCACAGUGCUUGGGGUUCUCUGGUUUCAUGCCCGGGAGAUUAGCUUGAAAGCUUGCCUCAUUCAAAUGUUCUUUGUACAUGGCUUCUCCUUCCUGGAGUCUUCAGUGCUGGUAGCCAUGGCCUUUGACCGCUUCAUGGUUAUCUGUAACCCACUGAAGUAUGCCACUGUCUUCACAGACAUGAUAAUCUUGGUGAUUGGACUGAUCAUCUGUAUACGGCAAGUAAUUUUAAUCUUUCCCAUGUUUCUAGCCUUGACGAAAGUAUCUUUCCAUGGAGGCCAAGAGCUUUCCCACCCAUUUUGCUACCAUCCAGAUAUGAUUAGAUACACAUAUUCCAACUCCUGGAUCAGCAAUUUUUUGGGCAUGUUUCUUCAGCUCUACCUGACUGGCACUGACUUACUGUUCAUUCUUUUCUCCUACAUUCUGAUUCUCCGAACUGUCUUGAGUAUUGUGGCCCCUAAGAAACAACAAAAAGCUCUCAGCACUUGUGUCUGCCACAUCUGUGCUGUCACUGUUUUCUAUGUGCCAAUGAUCAGCCUGUCCUUUACACACCGACUUCUCAGCUCUACCCCGAGAGUGGUCUGUAGCAUUCUGGCCAAUGUUUAUUUGCUCUUACCACCUGUACUGAACCCUAUCAUUUACAGCUUGAAGACCAAGACCAUCCGCCAGGCUAUGCUCCAGCUGCUCCACCUUAAGAGCUCUCGGGGCUCCUGUGUGAGGAUUUAUAGAAAACGCUGGGGGUUGAAGGGGAGAAAAGUUAUAUUUAAACAGGAAAGGGAUCUGGGUCUGUGCCAUCCUCAGGCAUUUUAG